CUCUGGAGGAUUUCCCUCCGUCUGGGGCUCCGGGGUCCGAGAGCUGGGAAGUGACCGACCCCGCGGCUUUUAGGCAAGUUGCGGCCCCUGAGGACCGUGCGCCCCGCGGCCGCCCCGGGGGAGGGUGUGUCGUGUCCUGGACCGAGCACCUACGGCCGGACUUCGGACAACGGACUCCCCUCCCGGGAAAGCUCAUGUUUGUCCAUCCUGAAGAGGAAGAUCAGCGUGGAGGAGGAUGGAUGCCAAAGCUCGGAACUGUUUGCUUCAGCACAAGGAAGCCCUGGAAAGAGACAUCAAGACUUCUUACCUCAUGGAUCACAUGAUUUCUGAUCGGGUUCUCAGUUUGUCAGAAGAGGAGAAAAUAAGAGAUCAGCCUACCCAGAAGAAGAGAGCAGCUAUGCUAAUUAAAGUGUUACUCGAAAAAGACAAUAACUCAUACAUAUCUUUCUACAAUGCUUUGCUACAUGAAGGCUACAAGGACUUGGCUUUUCUUCUCCAUGAUGGUAUUCCUCUUACUUCACAUAAUGGAAAGGAUUCGGUGGAUGGAGUGACACCAUAUGUGAAGACAGUGCUGUGUGAAGGUGGUGUACCACAGAGGCCUGUUGUAUUUGUAACCAGGAAGAAGCUGGUGAAGUCAAUCCAGGAAAAGCUUUAUAAACUUAAUGGCGAACCCGGAUGGGUCACAGUCUAUGGCAUGGCAGGCUGUGGGAAGUCUGUCCUAGCUGCAGAAGCUGUCCGGGACCACAGCCUCUUAGAAACAUGCUUCCCAGGAGGUGUGCAUUGGGUCUCCAUCGGCAAACAGGACAGAUCUGGGCUCCUGAUGAAACUCCAGAAUCUCUGCACGCGGCUGGACCAGGAUGGUGCUUUCUCCCAGAGACUCCCGUUGAACCUCGAGGAAGCCAAAGACCGCCUCCAUUUCUUGAUGCUACGCAAGUGCCCAAGGUCUCUUUUGAUCUUGGAUGACAUUUGGGACUCGUGGGUGCUCAAAGCUUUCGACAGUCACCAUCAGAUCCUUCUCACAAGCAGAGACAAGAGUGUCACCGACUCGGUGAUGGGUCCCAAGUACGUCGUCCCCGUGGAGAGUGGCUUAAGAAAAGAGAAAGGAUUGGAAAUCUUGUCGCUCUUUGUUAAUAUGAAGAAAUCAGAUCUACCUGAACAAGCUCACAGUAUUGUGAGGGAGUGUAAAGGUUCCCCUCUUGUAGUGUCUCUAAUCGGGGCUCUGUUACGUGACUUCCCCAAUCGCUGGGGCUACUACCUCAGCCAGCUUCAGAAUAAGCAGUUUAAAAGAAUCAGGAAGUCAUCAUCGUAUGAUUAUGAAGCCCUGGAUGAAGCCAUGUCCAUAAGUGUUGAAAGACUGAGUGAAGACCUCCAGAAGUAUUAUAAGGACCUUUCCAUCCUGCAGAAGGAUGUCAGAGUGCCCACCAAGGUAUUAUGUAUUCUUUGGGACAUGGAGACGGAAGAGGUUGAAGACAUCCUACAAGAAUUCAUUAAUAAGUCCCUCCUGUUUUAUGAUCGAAAUGGAAAGUCCUUCCGUUACUACUUACACGAUCUUCAGGUUGACUUCCUCAUGGAGAAGAACCGAGACCAUCUCCAGGAGUUGCACAGAAAGGUGGUGUCUCAGUUCCAGAAACAUUGCAAGGUGCAUGCCCUUGCUUCUGACCAAGAAGACUCCAUGUACUGGUACAGCUUUUUGGCAUAUCACAUGGCGAGUGCCGACAUGCGCCAAGAACUUCGAGAUCUCAUGUUUUCCCUAGAUUGGAUUAAAGCAAAGACUGAGCUUGUGGGACCUGCUCAUCUAAUACAUGAGUUUAUGCAAUAUGGCCAUCUAUUGGAUAAGAAGGACUGUACCAUCUGUGAGAAUUUUCAAGAGUUUUUAUCUCUCAAUGGACACCUUCUUGGACGCCAGCCAUUUCCUAAUAUUGUGCAACUAGGUCUCUGUGAGCCGGAAACUUCUGAAGUCUACCGGCAAGCCAAAUUACGGGCCAAGCAGGAGGUCGAUAGAGGGAGACUUUACUUGGAAUGGAUAAACAAGAAAACCAUCAAGAAACUCUCCCGUUUAGUUGUCCGCCCCCACACAGAUGCUGUUUACCACGCCUGCUUCUCAGAAGACGGGCAGAGGAUUGCUUCCUGCGGUGCUGAUAAAACCUUACAGGUGCUGAAAGCAGAAACAGGAGAGAGGCUCCUGGAAAUCGAGGCCCAUGAGGAUGAGGUGCUUUGUUGCGCUUUCUCCAAGGAUGAUCGAUUCAUAGCGACCUGUUCAGCAGAUAAGAAAGUGAAGAUUUGGAAUUCAUGGACUGGAGAGCUGGUACACACCUAUGAUGAGCACACGGAGCAGGUCAACUGCUGUCACUUUACCAAUAUGCAGCACCACCUUCUCUUAGCCACUGGAUCCAGUGACUUCCUCCUCAAACUCUGGGAUCUGAAUAAGAAGGAGUGUCGGAACACCCUGUUUAAUCACACAAAUUCUGUGAACCACUGCCGAUUCUCACCGGACGAUAAAUAUUUGGCCAGCUGCUCAGCGGAUGGAACGUUGAAGCUUUGGGACGUGAGUUCAGCCAAUGAAUGGAGCAGCAUCGAUGUGAGACAACACUUUGUGAAUUCUGACGGGCUUCAGGAAGACGUGGAUGUGAUGGUGAAAUGUUGUUCCUGGUCCAGCGAUGGGGCUCGAGUGAUGGCAGCUGCUGCCAAUAGGCUCUUGGUUUUUGAUGUCCACAGCGGGAGCCUGGUAGGAGAAAUCCACACUGGUCACAGCAGCACCAUCCGGUACUGUGAUUUCUUUCCCAAGAGUCAUCUUGCUGUGGUAGCUCUUUCCCACUACUGCGUGGAGUUAUGGAAUACAGAUACAGGGUCAAAAGUAGCAGACUGCCGAGGACACCUGAGUUGGGUCCACUGUGUGGCGUUUUCUCCCGAUGGAUCUUCAUUUUUGACAUCUUCUGAUGAUCAGACAAUCAGGCUCUGGGAGACAAGGAAAGUGUGUAAGAAUUCUGCUAUUAUGUUAAAGCAGGAAGUAGAUGUUGUAUUCCGGGAGGAUGAAGUGAUAGUUCUUGCAAUUGACAACAUACGACGCCUACAACUAAUUAAUGGAAAAACAGGCCAUACCGAUUAUCUGUCAGAAGCCCAGAAACCUCGAAUUAGCUGCUGUUGUCUGAGUCCAGGCCUGCGAUACCUGGCAUUGGGAGAAGAAGAUGGGUCUGUAAAGAUUCUGGAGCUCCCCAACGGAAGAGAGUUUCGAUCCCGAAUGGGGCAUGAGAAGGCGGUACGACGGGUGCAGUUCACAUCAGAGGGGAGGACCCUUAUUUCAAGCUCUGACGAUUCUACAGUUCAGGUGUGGAACUGGCAGUCAGAGGAGUUUGUGUUUCUCAAAGCUCACCAAGAGCCGGUGAAGGACUUUCGGCUCCUGCAGAAUCCACGGCUCCUGACCUGGUCAUUUGAUGGCACGGUGAAGGUUUGGAAUAUCCUUACUGGCAAAGUAGAGAAGGACUUUGUUUGCCACCAAGACACAGUUCUGUCCUGUGAUGUUUCUCCUGAUACCUCCAAGUUUUCAUCUACCUCUGCCGACAAGACUGCAAAGAUUUGGAGCUUUGAGAGCCAUUCUCCUCUUCACGAGCUGAGGGGCCACGAAGGCUGUGUGCGAUGCUCUGUCUUCUCUGGGGACAGCGCCCUCCUGGCGACGGGAGAUGACAAUGGAGAGAUCAGGAUAUGGAAGGUCUCCACUGGUGAGCGGCUUCAUUCCUGUGUUCCCAUGACUGUGGAGAAAGGAGAGGCGGCCUACGUGGGCUGGGUGACCGACCUCCGCUUUUCUCCUGACAGUAAAAUGCUCGUGUCGGCUGGGGGCUGUCUGAAGUGGUGGAACGUGGACACCGGCGAAUCCUUCCAGACCUUCUACACAAAUGGAACCAACCUUAAGACAAUACACGUGUCGCCUAGUUUCAAAACAUAUGUGACUGUUGAUAAUCUUGGAAUUUUAUAUGUACUACAGGCAUUGGAAUGAUAUCACCACACCCAGUGUAAGUCAUCCUUGACUGCUUGUGGCCCGGUGGUGUGGAAUUGGGGGGUGGGGGGAGAUCCUGAUCAGACUCUGUAUGUCAAGUUUUACUAAGCUGUGAAUCACUUUGCAGUAUUGAAUUCAUUACAAGUGCUUGUUGUCAGAUGAAUAAUGUUUAUGUAGAUUUCCCCCCAGAUGAGCACACCUUUAAUCUUGUUUUCCAUAAUCAUUAUUAUUGUUAACAGUUUGUACUUUCGGAUGCAAAAGGAAAUUUAUGGAGCUUGUUAUAUUGUUGAUAUAAUUCUAUUUUCAGAUAUGUUCAAAUUGGUCGACAUAAUUAAUGAGACUCAGUAGAAAGAAAAUAGAUAUCUGGGAAGUAGGAUAAAUGCCUUUCAGGUUGGGGCGGUCAGUCUAGGGAGGUGCCUUCACAGAGCAACUCUUAUAUUCCCACCCCCCCUCACCCCCCCAUCAUGGGGGAAGGCAUUUGGGAGAAAGGAGGCUCUCUUUGAAGUUACCAUGUUUUGUAUCCCAUAAAUGUGCUUUAUGAGAAGCAGCAUAUUGUCAUGGCUGGAGGGCCGGCUGGCCUUAGGGUCAGGAGGACAUGGGGUCACUUCCUGCCUCUGCUGUUUAGGGGAAGUCACUUAACCUGUCAGUAUGCCAGGCAACCCUUGAAGACUAUACAUGGCAGAUGAGUGGCUGAUCUGCACUGGUGGAGGGAAUUUUCAUACCAGGGGUGGUGAAAUCACAGGUUUGGGCUCUCUCCCAAAACUGCUUUAAAAAUGUUUUGUGGUUGCAAUGUCGACUGAAAUUGACUCAGUACAAUGAACCUUUAAAUUUCAAACUUGCUCCUUUGUAAAGCAUUCAUUAUGGAAGGACGAGGAGAAAACAAAUCCAUUAGCCUACAUGUUUUCAUUCCCCUGUGCCUUCAAUGGCCAUGGUACCAGGGAGGUCAUAGUGGGUCAUAGCAGACUCUAGAAAUGUGAUUUGGGGGGAAAAUAAAAGAAAAAAAAAGAAAUGUGAUUUGGGACUGAUGUCGUGGCCUCUCGGACCCUUCACCUCUACAUCCUCACCAGAAUCUUUCAUUGUCUGAGCCCUAGUUUAUUAGAAUCCUUUUUUUUUUCUGGGUGGGUGAAUACCUUUCUACUAGAAAAUAGUUUUGGGGUAGGGGAAAUCCAUCUUGAUUAGGGGAAAGAUUAAUUAUAGAUUGAAUUAUGCUUUGAGAGUCCUAUCUGCUUCUUUGAUGAGUGGCAUGGCUGUUCUGCUCAUUUCUCUGGGUCUCAGUUUCCUUAGCUACAAAAUGGACUAGAUGGUCAUUGAAAUCUCAGUGAGAUGUUAAACCUGCUGGUAUUUUUUUGUAUCAACAAAGAUUCUUCUAGGACUUGGUCUGCAUUUAAAGGAAGGGCUUUAUGACUCCCAGCAAUGCCAGUUAUAACUUUGUAGGGCUUUUUACCCUUCCAAAAGUGUGUGAAAAGUGGAUGUUCCACGUCAAGGUGCAUCUCGGGGCUAACUCUUUUGAAAUCUGCUAAAUGGUCCAGCCAAACCCAGGAGUGCCCCUCAGUCAGAGGCAGCAUUGUACCUGAAUUCAGCAGUGGGAGGAAGGGUAGAGUAGAAGAGUAUUUUCGCAGCCUAGAGCUCUCUUGGGGGUCCUCUAGUCUAGCUCUCUUCUUUUACAGACAGGUGGGGUGACUUCGCCCAAGGUCCCAUAGAUCAGGAACUCUCGGGUCUUUUUCUGCAAGCUCAGCAGGGUGAGACCCCCAGAGUCUGAGUCCUGUCCUUCACCUUUGGCCACAUUCCUUCACCAUUCCAAGCCUCAGUUUUGCAGUCUAUAAGAUGGGGAUCAUUAGUGCUUUCACUUUCACAUUGGUCCUCCUCAAAGUGUCACAGAAAUGUGGCUUGUUAGUGAUGUAAGUGGAGGUGGUCAGCGCACCCAAGCUUUUUGCAUUUUCUAAAUGCAAUUUGCCAGUCUUAAGAAAAGAAGUCCAGAUGAGAAACUAGAGUUCUGGGGUGAGGCCUCCAUGCAGUGAUCCAUGCCACCUGUGGGUGUGGAACUGAUAAGAUUUCUGUCAUCUGUGCUAAGCCGAUGGACUAGUGAGCAAGAAAAUACAUCAUGGAUCAUAGUUCUAGAGCGGGUGUUCAGAAUUCAGGACAACUGUGGAGCUCAUUGAUGUACAAGGAGGGUAAAAAACACCCCACCCCCACUGAUCUUCUCCAGGAGCUAAGUUUUUCUCAUGCUCAAUAGAGAAGAACAGUCUCAGGUAUAUGCUGCUUUAGCUAAAACCAAAAUAUGAAAACCUGAAGUAGUUGUUGUUGUUUCCCUUUAAAAGGAACUAGUUUGCAUGUAGAUGGCCAUCCCCUUUUGUCCAGUCAGAAUUGGAUGUAUGGCAAUAUUGAAGGGGCCACCUCUAUGACACAGAGCCAGGCGUACUUUGUUCAUAGGGUUGUACCUUUAGAGCUGGAAGGGAGCUUGGAAGCCAGCAGGUCCAACCCUCUCAUUUUACAGAUGAGGAAACUGAGGCACGGAGAUGUUAGCUGACUUACCCAGGGUCUCACCUAGUGACUCUCGGAGGUAGCAUUGGAAUCCAGGUCUUCCCGACCCCAAGUCCAGUGCCCUCUCCACCAUACGUCACCUCUCGUUUUGCCAUUACUCUGAAAAUACUUUUCAAGCGUGUUUGUCUGUUUCUGCUUUAAGGGUUAUUGUUUGUGUGUGUGUGUGCCUUCCCUCCCAUCAAGAGACCCUGCCUCACCCCAGGCGUCCAAGAUAGGAGAGCAGAGGGGCAAGGACAGGCUGACAUGCUUGUCUCAUGGCACAAGGGCUGGCCCCUUGAGGCGUGAGCAGUGACCAGAGGAAGGCCGGCUUUGUUGUUGGCUCUUCUGGGGCCCUGUUAAGCAGUUCCUCCUGACCGUUCUGGUGCUCGUGUCGGCAAUCCAAGCCUGUCCUCUCGCUGUCUUCUCUGUGACCUCAUGUUGUAUACCCCUUACCGUGUAAGUGGCUAGCAAAUGAUUCCAAUUUGUACACCAACCCUUUUGUUUUCCCUUUGCUAUACAUUUUUUAAAUGAAUUUUAAAGAUGUUAUUUGUACGAAUAAACUUUUGGAAUCCUG